AUGCCUGGCAUCCCGUUUGGUGCUCUUGACAAAGUCAAAGCUAGCUUGAAGACUUUGUUCAAGAAGAAGAACAGUUCCAAACCCGACUCGGCAAAGCCUGCUGAUACCUCUGACAACAAGCCCGACACCGCAAAGCCUGCUGAGCCUGCUGUUCCUGCUACAACCACCACCGUCACGGCUGGAGCAGCUGAAACGAAGCCAGAGGCUCCAGCUCCAGCAACUCAAGUUGCACCAGCCACUGAAGCUCCAAAAGAAGAGGCUCAGGCUGAGGCCGCCCCCCCCAAAACUGAAGCUUCAGCUCCCUCGAUCCAGGCUACCAAGGCUGAAGAAGCUGCUCCAGCACCGCCUGUUGCCGAGCCUACUGCCGAGGCUGCUACCGAGGCUGCUACCGCACCAGUCAAGGAUGAGCCAGCUGCUGCUCCUGCCACCACUCCGGCAUAA